AGGAGAGACGCUGCUAGAGAGAGAGAGGAGCGCGUUCAACUCCAGUAGAAGGGGGUUGAACCGAGGACGUGUGGCUUCUUUGGAAAAAGUGGCAUCUUGUGUGAGGAGAAGAAGACGAGUCUCCACUCUGGACUUCAACACACAAACCACCAAGACUGUCGCUCAUUUACAUCAGGAUUUUCUAACCUGCUUUCGACUUCCCAACCAUGAGGACAAACGCAUGGAUUUACCAAGCUGCGCUGUGUGUUGUGAUCACGAUAUUGGAUACAGGUUUUUGUAGAAGCACUCAUCAGUCGUUACAGAAGUAUGAGAAGAGUGAGAGUCACAUGCUGGUUUGCACAGACUGCCCUCAGCCCCCUUUGGUGCGAAACAGCCGAUCGCAGGAGCACUGCGCCCGCAAGUGCAAGAAGGUCAAGAAAAACUUCCACUGCAGGGCUUUCAACUUUCAACGGCACAACAGGAAAUGCCACUUGCUCCCUUUCGACCGCUUCAUCCACGGCGUGCAGAAGCAGGCCAACGUCAACUUUACUUUGUAUGAAAAAAAAGAUUAUAUAAGGGAGUGUAUGGUCGGCACCAAGGACAACUACAGAGGGAGGAGGUCUUGGACGAAGUCAAACAUCACUUGCCAAGCAUGGUCCGAUAAUAACAUCAAUGAACACACGUUUUAUCCCGAUAGGUACCCAACGCAAGACCUGAGGGAGAACUUCUGUCGGAAUCCCAACAACGACCCCGGUGGUCCGUGGUGCUACACCACAGACCCCAACGUACGGGCCGAGGAGUGUGGCAUACCGCAGUGUUCAGAGGAAGUCUGUGUGACGUGUAAUGGGGAAGAUUACCGGGGCAAAAUGGACCAUACAGAGAGUGGCAAAGAGUGCCAGAGGUGGGACUCGACAAGGCCUCACAAACACCACUUCCAGCCCAAAAAGUACCGGCACAAAGAUUUAAAGGACAACUACUGUCGUAACCCAGAUAAUCGUCUUCGUCCCUGGUGCUACACUACGGAUCCCAAAACUCCGUGGGAGUACUGCAACAUCACUGUGUGUGAUUCUGACUCAAGCGAGGACACAGAUGUCAAUGUAACAACAUCCUGUGUCCAGGGAAAGGGCACAGAUUACCGAGGCACAAUGAAUGUCACUCCAGAGGGUGUGACGUGUCAGCGCUGGGACUCCCAGUCGCCCCAUAACCACUCCUUUCUUCCCCAGAACUUCAAAUGCAAUUUGUGUAUGUGUUCUAGAGACCUCGGAGAGAACUACUGCCGUAACCCCGAUGGUGCAGAUUACCCAUGGUGCUUCACUACAGACCCUAAUCAGAGGAUAGCCAACUGCACCCACAUCCCCAGGUGUGAUGCUGAGGCCACACAAAAAAUAGAGUGUUAUGAAGACAACGGAGAGACGUACCGGGGCACUUUAUCCAUAACUCGAUCGGGGAUUCCCUGUGCAGACUGGUCACAUCACAUAAACAGUGGGGAUUCUCACUCUACAGAAUCCCACGUAGGGCUGGAGAAGAACUACUGCAGGAACCCGGACCGGGACAAACAUGGCCCCUGGUGUUACACCAAUCCAAAUAACCGUUUGGCCUGGGACUACUGCAAACUGAAGCACUGUGAAUCAGCUACGCCGGCUCCUCGACCGAACACUCUAGCUGGGCCCAAGAUAUCCUGCUUCGUGCAUAUAAACACCAGAAUUGUCGGAGGACACCAAGUGCGAGGUACAGACGGCAGCUGGGUCGUCAGCAUCCAGAGAGAGAAGCUUCAUUUGUGCGGGGGCUCGUUGAUCAGAGAAGACUGGGUUCUGACGGACCAACAGUGCUUCACCUCCUGCGUUCCAGAUCUGAAGGAUUACAGCGUGCAGGUCGGUCUGCGCCACCUCAAUGAAUCCUCAAACCACCCGAGACUUCGCAUCUCUCGCCUGAUCUGUGGCCCGGAAGGAUCCAACCUGGUUAUGCUGAAACUAGAAGACCCUGCCCCUGUGUCCGAAGGCGCCUCCACUAUUCAUCUUCCAGUAAAAGAGUGUCACAUCACCGAGGGCACCAACUGCACCAUGUACGGAUGGGGGGAAACCAAAAACACGGGAUACGACGAGGCACUGAACGCCUUGACCAUGCCCAUGGUCAACAAUGACAUGUGCUCACAAAUCAAAGGGGAUGCCGGGGAAAGCAGAAUAUGCGCCGGCGGCAAGAGAGGAGAAGGCGUGUGUGAUAAAGACAAUGGCGGUCCGUUGGUUUGCCAGGAACACGAGCGCAAAGUCAUCAUCGGCGUCAGCAUCCAAAGGACAAAGUGCGCCUCAUCGCAGCCCGCACUUUUUGUCAACGUCGCUUUCUACUCCGAGUGGAUAUACAAAGUGUUCAAACUUUACCCCAGCUUGGAGAGGAACUGACGGUGUGGUGUGAAAAUCAACCCCCGUGCACGACUUUACCACAGCACUGCGAGAGGAGGAGGGGGCGGCUUUGGUGCCAACAAAUUCCAAGACCUCUCCAGCACGGCCCGCGGGGGAGAAAUCAGCUUAUGGAAAGCGGCCAUUAUGGGAUUUUGUGGCUGAAUUUGUCAUUUUUUUACGGAGAUGACGAGAUUAGUGAAGACUGGAUAAACCGAAUGGAAUCUCAUUCGUUCUUCCACUUUUGCAAACGAAGACAUUCCCGGGCGUCCGCCUUAAUAUCACUUUUCCAACCAAAAGUCUCGGGCACAUGGACGGCAUACUAAUAUUGUAUUUUUUGACAUGUUCAGAAUUUCUGAAGCCAUGCAAACAAAGACGAUGAGAAGGACGCUCAGUAUUAUCUCCUGGAAUAUACUUGAAUAAGGACAGUUAUCUGGAGGUUACCACACGAGAUACCCUCCUGUGACUUCUUUUUUUUUAUGUGACGAGCUGGACUGCAUUACUUAUUACCUCCAACACAAUGGAUGUGGAUGGAUAAUUGUGUUCCUUAAUGCCAACAAAUAUACUAAUCUGGUCAUAAAUUUUACAAAUAUAACAGCAAAAAUGCGAAAUAUUAUUCGACUUCGGAAAUAAUCCAACAAAGAUUUAUGGUAAUACCAAAAGGGGAGGAAAAUAUAAGCAUGAAAAGGUCAUUAUAAACUAUCUAUUAGGUAGUACACACACUAAAAGUCAAGCCAAGCCUCUUAAGUCCAGCAAAUGUUAAAAUUUGGCUUCAGAUAUACCAGUAGUUAAGUAUAUAAAACACACUAUUGCUGCUUUAAAAGCGAACUGCAGCAGCCUUGGCAACCCACGCAGUGCUAAUUGUGUGCAGUAGCUGGACUACCUUCUCCCCGGUUAGCCGUAACUGUUAGAUUCCCCGUGAGAGGGUCUAAGUAGGAUUGCUCCAAAAUCUUAUGCUAAUAUUUGUAGCAUGAGAGAGAGCCAUGCCAAAUAUAACAUGGCUAUUUGGUCUCCAGUUUGGAGGGAACUUUGGCCCCUGGUGGGCUGUGUGUGGUCAGUAGGAUAUUUUAUACUUUUUUUUUUCCUUUUUGUUUUAUGGAAAGUGAUUCCUUAUGUUUCAUAACUGCAGAUUUAUUGUUUCUGCUGUGCUGUAAGAUAUUAUAGGUCUUAUAGAUCUGGAAUAUGUUUGGUUCACUGAGCAACGUCAGAUUGGCUUCUUCGUGAGUCUGAUUAUGUUUGAUAUAUUUAAAGAGACUGGUAGCUUGUAAGUAGUAGUUAGGCAUAUUUAUUUUUUUUAAAUCAGCAGAAGAAAUCGUUCGAAAAAGAAUCCAGAUUUUGGUGUGAUAUUUAGAUUUAUGUGUCUUUGUUCUGACAGUUAAUUAUGACCUCUAGAAUAACUGGAGUGCAUGUUUGAUUCACAGGUAAUAGCCACACAAACAUGAGCAUGCAUCUGUUCAAAAUGUACCUUAAAGGGAGAUUUGUUAAGUAUUUAAUACUCUUAUCAACAUGGGAGUGGACAAAUAUGCUUGCUUUAUGCAAAUGUAUGUCUAUAUUUAUUAUUGGAAAUCAAU